CGAGGAGAGUAUGUUAGGCUGCUGCUGCUGCGACCACUACAACUACGGCGGCUGCUUCGUAUUGCUAAAGAACGUCAAGGAGUACUAGGGAGUGCUGUCGCAGCAGCAGGCAGAAGGGUCAACGGACACUGGCCGUCAAGACGGCAAAUCAAACCAGCACUUUUCUUUUGUAAACUACUUGAGUCAGUCGGUCAGUAAGUCAGUGUGAAGUAUCUGUGUGUCUAUGUGUCGGUGCAUUUUUGCCUCCUGUAGGUGUUUGUUGAAUGCGUGACCGGCCGAGACCAGUCUAGCCUGGAGCAGCAGUAAGCAGAUUGUACGUGCAGGAAGGCAAGUGUCGUUUAAGAAAGACCUGUGCCGCAAGAAGAUCGAGUGCAUCCGUCAGACCUGCGUAACGGCAUACGGGGACGUCACAAAUUGGCCGAAGGAGAUCUGGCCUGUAAUAGCUGUAGUAAGUGGUACCGAUAGCAGUAGGUCGAGAACACGAAACUCUCUGUGUGGUUAGGAGCUCACGAGACAACAGAACACCGACACCGCCAUCACUGCCGCCGGAAUGGACAUCGGCGGGAGAAAGCUUUCUGCCACGGGAGAUUCCCUUUACGAGAUCCUAGGACUACCGAAAACUGCCACUCCUGAGGACAUUAAACGAACUUAUCGGAGACUGGCCCUACGGUUCCAUCCAGAUAAGAACCCUGGAGACCCGGAGGCCGCAGACAAAUUUAAGGACAUCAAUCGAGCUAACGCUAUCCUCAGCGACCUAUCCAAGAGAAAUAUUUAUGAUAACUAUGGUUCUGUUGGACUGUAUAUCGCCGAACAACUUGGAGAGGAGCACGUAAACACAUACUUUGCGCUUACGUCAGGCUGGGCAAAGGCGAUCUUUAUAUUCUGCGGUAUUAUCACCGGUUGUUAUUGCGGCUGCUGCUGUUUCUGCUGCUGCUUUAACUUUUGCUGUGGCAGAUGCAAACCAAAACCACCCCCCGAUGCAGACUAUUCCAACCUUAACGUUGAUGGACGUGACAGCGGGGAAGGGGCAAAGGUUUAUACGAAUGAGCCAAAGGAAUGGACUCCACUCUUUGGUGGGUUGCCUGACCAGCACGAAAGUGAUUCCGAGGACAGGCAGCCGGUGCUCCCCAAAGUUCGCAAGUUCCAGGAAGACCUCGGUGAAGAUCCAGUCACCGCUCAGCCGGGCAUGGGUGCCGAUCAAGGUGGCGGUGGGGGCACGUUCGCAAUGCCAGCGCCCGCUCAGACGGCAAAUAACCCGUUUGCUAUGCCCCCUCCCUCAGAGACGACCAACUUGAACAGUCAAGGCGGCCAGCCAAACUACAUGGGCAACUAGGACCAGUAGACAGCGCUGUUCUUGAAGGCAAAUGACGCUGAUAGGGGAACAAAAAACGAUAUCUGAUUGUGGUAUAAUGAAUACAUAUAGAGUAGGCACAAUAGACGAAAGGGUGGAAGACAUGCCAAAGGUCUCAGUUGCCCUCUCAAAACAACAACAGCAACAGCAGCAGCAGACGACAGACAGACAAACAAACAAACAAAAACCGGCGCGCAUCUAACGGAAACUGCGAAGAGCACAUGGAACGAACGUUAGCUGCAUAUAAGGAGGUAGCAGCCUCUCGCAGCAUUAACAAAUGGGCGUAGGCUAUUCUGGACAGUUCCGAAUUGAGAGGAUACACGCUGUCGCCGAUCGUCUCUCUCAAUCUGCAAUUCUGAAAAACGCCAAAACGUCCAUGUUUUUACUCCUACGGUAUAUACACCCAUACAUAAUAUACGAAUACAUCGCCAUACUAACGGUUCGACUAGAAUUGAACGACUGGUGUCGUGUCCGGACACGAAAUACGACCGUAGUGAUAAAAUGUGGAGCUUUGCAAGAAAGAACGCAUGAAAACUGCGAUCGACAAAUUAGGUGCGUGAAAAUCGGCACGAACAUAACAAAGAUAGUGAGGGACGGGACCGGCAUCAAUUGACUAACAGAUCAAGCCUGUUCAAGACAGAUAGCCAGACGUCGGCGAUAAUACAUAAAGAGAAUUCAGUUGUGAUGGUAAACUAGAAAAGCGAAAGAAUAACCGAGAAGCGAAAAAUAGGAGUGACUGAGAGUAUCUUGUGUACUUCUGCAGGAAAUAGAGAAAGAAAAUUAUAGAGAAAAAAAAGCAAACCAAACAGCGAGACAGAACUGAAAGGAUUAAUAUAGGUAGGUAAUUCACGAGAGCUCGAAAACGCGGAAAAUAGAAUGGAACAGAACACAACACAAAACUUGAUAAACUAAACUUUCAAGAAUACACACACGCACGUACACUUACACAUAUAUACCUGCGACACGAUCCAACGCACUGUCCAUGUAUCGGAGAGGAAGUAACAAGAUGUGUUUUAUGGACUGACACACCUUCGUGUUUGAUGUCUACGCCCCUAUGACUUCCAACACUCGAACUGUAGAACGGUAUAAUCUUUGUUACUAGAUAUAGCAACAACCAGCACAACUACGUUGUGCCUGUAUACCAAAACUAGUAACACAAUCACCAGUAUUCUGCAUGAGAGAAUCCCGUUUAUUCGUCGCCUAAACCUUCUCUUGAUUUCGAUCUGUUUUCAUUUGAACAACCACACAUCAAACUUCUAACAAAGAAAGCAGACAUGCGAUUGUUAUAAGCAAUAGGUGCACUUACGUGCGUCAAAUAGUAGCCUAAAAAUCAACCUCUCUUCAUGUUGAUAACCUAGUUGAGUCUAGCAAAACAAAGGACACACAAAAUGCAUAGGUUGAAUGAUGUGCGUCCUCUACUCUAUGGAACGAGCAUUCUACUCCGUUGUCGAGUUAUACGCAUACCAUGAAAACAUGUUUGCCUUUUUGCCUACUUGCAAAUGUUUUCGUUAUCUCUUGACAGUGUAAAGAGACGACUUGUUUGAAAGAGGACAUGCAAAUUCUAUACAGAAAUGACAGGACCAUUGCGUCAUGUUGAGUUCCGCCAAGUUGUUUAUUGUAAUAUUAUUAUUAUCAAUAUUCGUAUCCUUGUUGGCCUUCCGUUUACCGUACGCGAGUGGGUUUUGAGCUUGGAGAAAUUAUAUAUAUAUAUAUAUAUAUAAUUCUCGAUAUAUUAGUGAUUUUAUAAAAUGCUUUUGAUAACAAUAAU